AUGUCAAACAAGCUUUAUGACCAAAUCUUGCAAAUUAAUACGAAUGAAUAUUUGGAAAAUGAAUCAGCAAAAAUUGAUUUUAAAUGUGAUAUUUCACUUGAUGAAAAUGAAGAUGAUUCACAAAAAUUAUCUAAAGUAAUUGCUGAGUCAUUGGGAAAUGCUGAUGAAAGAUUUGGUGUUAAUGAAAUAAUUAAAGAAGAAAUUAAAAAAAAUCUUCACCUUAAUCCAAGUGAAAUAUAUCAAAUUUUAGAAUGUAACCAUCCUAAUUUAACACAGAAACAAGUUCAUGCAUGGUGCAUUCAACGACAAGAAAGUUAUCCAUUUGUAGAUUUACUAUAUGAAAGUAUUUCAAAUAGUUUUUUAAAAGAAAAUUCAUUUGAAAAUUUACCUUACAAUUCAGAAAUAGAGUCAUUGCAAUUGCAACUUUUUAGCAAAUAUAAAUCUACAUUGCAAGAUGCAUUAGAAAUCGUUCAAGAACAAGAAAAUUCUGAUAAUAUUCAAUGGGCUCAAGCAGUUUGGAAAAGCUUCGAAGGAAUUGAAAACUUAGUAAGAGAAGUUAAAUCAUAUAAAAAUAGAACAACAAAUCCACGAACUUGGAAGAAUCAUAACAGGCAUACAAUGUAUCUAAAAUAA